CACGCUCCGCCGCUCCCGGCUUCCGCGCAAAACUUCGAGCCUGGCCGCGUGAAGCUGUCGCUCCAGCUUCGGAGCGGGAGAGAGCCUGCAGAAAAGCCUGGCCGUGUGGACCGCGGUGGCUGGGCGCGCGCUCUCUUUUUCUUUUCUUCUCCUUUUUUUUUUUCCUGUCGCCAUCGGGAGUUUUGGCUCCUCUCCUUUCCUCCUCCCCCUCGUAGCCGCUUCUCCCCCCGCCCCGUCUCUCCCCCACUGGUGUACGCUAUUUGUUGGAGGUGGGGGGGGGGGGGGUAGUGGCCGAAGGGGAUGUCCUCUUUUCACCAGAGGCACAGCGUGAAGGCGAAACUUCAACACUGGAAGGAAAGAGAAUAAAUACAUAAAUACGGACGCACAGAUCUGUUGCUGGGGGAGUCACUUGGACUUUGGGAUCCUGAGACGGUCCGGGCGGCAGGAGAUUGUCCAUUUUUAAUUGGAGGAAGCUGCUUCUACUUGGGGGGUGGCAGGAGAAGUAAGAAAACCACAUGGAAGACUCCCAGGAUUUAAAUGAGCAAUCCGUAAAGAAAACGUGCACAGAAUCAGAUGUUCCCGAACCCCAGAAUUCCAGGUCUAUGGAAAUGCAGGACCUAGCAAGUCCUCAUCCUCUUGUUGGAGGUGGUGAUACUCCUGGAAGCUCCAAAUUGGAGAAAACUAAUCUCAGCAGUACUUCGGUCACCACAAAUGGGACAGGAGGGGACAACAUGACUGUUUUAAACACUGCAGACUGGUUGCUGAGUUGCAACACCCCCUCCUCCGCAACAAUGUCUCUCCUUGCAGUCAAAACAGAGCCUUUGAACAGCAGUGAAACCACAGCCACGACUGGAGAUGGAGCGCUUGACACUUUUACUGGGUCAGUAAUAACAAGUAGUGGCUACAGCCCCAGAUCUGCGCAUCAAUAUUCCCCACAGCUGUAUCCUUCCAAGCCCUAUCCACACAUUCUUUCUACACCAGCAGCUCAAACAAUGUCCGCCUAUGCAGGCCAGACUCAGUAUUCGGGAAUGCAGCAGCCAGCCGUCUACACUGCCUACUCACAGACAGGACAGCCCUACAGCCUACCCACUUACGAUCUGGGCGUGAUGUUACCGGGCAUCAAGACAGAGAGUGGACUCUCACAAACUCAGUCCCCAUUACAGAGUGGGUGCCUCAGUUACAGCCCAGGCUUCUCUACCCCACAGCCAGGCCAGACACCUUAUUCUUACCAGAUGCCAGGUUCUAGUUUUGCACCAUCUUCUACUAUUUAUGCAAAUAAUUCAGUUUCAAAUUCAACGAAUUUCAGUGGUUCACAACAGGAUUAUCCAUCCUACACAGCCUUUGGCCAAAACCAGUAUGCACAGUAUUACUCUGCAUCGACGUAUGGCGCAUACAUGACAUCAAAUAACACAGCUGAUGGCUCAUCCUCCACGACCUCAACCUACCAGUUGCAGGAAUCUCUCCCAGGACUGACUAGCCAACCAGGAGAGUUUGAUACUGUGCAAAGCCCCUCCACACCCAUCAAAGAUCUUGAUGAGAGAACCUGCAGGAGUUCUGGCUCAAAGUCCAGAGGAAGAGGCCGGAAAAAUAAUCCCUCCCCGCCUCCUGACAGUGACCUGGAGCGUGUGUUUGUCUGGGACUUGGAUGAAACCAUCAUUGUUUUCCACUCACUGCUCACAGGAUCUUAUGCCCAGAAGUAUGGCAAGGAUCCCCCCAUGGCUGUAACCCUUGGACUUCGAAUGGAGGAAAUGAUUUUUAAUCUUGCUGAUACACAUUUAUUUUUUAAUGAUUUAGAGGAGUGUGAUCAAGUUCACAUAGAUGAUGUUUCCUCUGAUGACAAUGGGCAGGACUUAAGUACCUACAGUUUUGCAACUGAUGGCUUCCAUGCAGCUGCAAGUAGUGCAAACCUUUGUUUGCCAACAGGUGUAAGAGGAGGGGUUGACUGGAUGAGGAAGUUGGCUUUUCGUUACAGAAGAGUAAAAGAAUUAUACAACACCUACAAGAACAACGUGGGAGGACUUCUUGGCCCGGCCAAGAGAGAUGCAUGGCUGCAGCUGAGGGCUGAGAUCGAAGGUCUGACAGACUCCUGGCUAACAAAUGCACUUAAAUCUUUAUCAAUUAUUAGUACGAGGAGUAACUGCGUAAAUGUCUUGGUAACAACAACCCAGCUGAUCCCAGCGCUCGCGAAGGUUCUACUCUAUAGUUUAGGAGGUGCUUUUCCCAUUGAGAAUAUUUACAGUGCAACUAAAAUAGGCAAGGAAAGCUGUUUUGAGCGUAUAGUGUCCAGAUUUGGCACUAACAUAACUUAUGUUGUGAUUGGAGAUGGCCGAGAUGAGGAGCAUGCCGCUAACCAGCACAAUAUGCCCUUUUGGAGGAUAUCAAGUCACUCAGACCUCUUGGCUCUACAUCAAGCACUGGAAUUAGAGUAUUUGUAACUGUGUUCUCUAGCUGGAGAUCCGUGUUUUUUUUUGUUUUUUUUUUUUUAAUUUCAAGUACACUGAAUUUUUAUGUGUGAUUCAAUGCCUCUGGCUUUACACAUAUAAAUUGUCUUAAAGGAUGAAAUCAUAUUUGGAAUGAGAAUUCCAGAAUGAAGAACUCAGAUUGCUGAAUGGAAUUAAACUUUAGUGCUACAGAAAGGAAGCUCUAUGGUCUUAUAUUUGCAACACUUUAAUGGUUUAAAAACAAAAAUUCUGUGGAGGUUGCUGGUACCCACCGAAGGAGUCCUAACUGGAAUUAACUUUAGCAAAGAACUCACCCUGGCAAAGCACCAACACAGGCUCCGUCUGACAAGGUUCAACAACAUUCCUCAAAAUGGGAGAUCUUCUUAGCCCUGAGGUUUGAAUCUGACUUUAACCUACCUAGCCCAGAAAAUCUGAAUUGGAAUGCACUCAGACUGUGUAAGGACAAUCCUAUUUAGACCUGUAAUUUGUGUAAAUUAUUGAUGAAAAUAAUUUACUGUGACUUUAUUAGCAGCUGACUUUGAAAGUGGAUGCAAUUUUUCCUU